UGCUCAUGCACGCGCCUCUCAGACACAGGGAGGUCAGCAGCAGCAGAGGCAGGGUGUUAAUGGUGGGCUUCCUGCGCGUCAGUGAGGGGGAGAGAUGAAAACUGUGAAUACAUCUGUGAGGAAAGUCAUAGUGUCAACACUACUUAGCCGUGCACUGAGGCUGCUAUGGUCGUCUACAUCUGGAGUUUGAACAUUAGCAACAAAGACACUUAUGCGCUCAAUCAAAGUGCAAAUGUCAGUUCAGGAGAGCCCCACGAUCCCCCACCUGGCCUGAGCCGAACCGGCCACACGGUGACCGCCGUCUGCCUUGGAAUCAUUCUGGUGUUUGGAUUCCUCAACAACCUGUUCGUCCUGCUCAUCUUUGCGAGGUUUCGCUCACUGUGGACACCUAUAAACCUCAUUCUACUGAACAUCAGCGUGAGUGACAUACUGGUCUGUUUGUUUGGGACUCCCUUCAGCUUCGCUUCCAGUCUCUAUGGGAAAUGGCUGUUGGGAUAUCACGGCUGCAAAUGGUACGGUUUCGCCAAUUCGCUUUUUGGAAUUGUGUCUCUGAUGUCUCUGUCCAUACUGUCUUACGAGCGUUAUGCCGCCCUGCUGCGCCCCACCAAGGCAGACAUGUCUGACUUCCGCAGGGCCUGGCUCUGUGUGGCUGGAACCUGGCUCUAUUCGCUGGUGUGGACUCUCCCACCAUUCCUGGGCUGGAGCAGCUAUGGACCUGAAGGGCCCGGGACAACAUGCUCAGUGCAGUGGCAUCAGCGCUCAACCAACAGCAUGUCUUAUGUAUUGUGCCUGUUCAUCUUCUGUCUGCUUCUGCCCCUCAUGCUCAUGAUCUUCUGCUAUGGCAAAAUCCUAUUCAUUAUUAAAGGGGUAACUAAAAUCAACCUUCUGAGUGCACAGAGGAGAGAGAACCACAUCCUUUUGAUGAUUGUCACGAUGGUAUCCUGCUAUCUGCUGUGCUGGAUGCCUUACGGGGUGGUGGCCCUGCUGGCCACCUUUGGCAGGAGGGGACUGAUCACUCCCAUAACCAGCGUGGUGCCUUCAGUCCUGGCCAAGAGCAGCACUGUGGUCAACCCGGUCAUAUAUGUGCUUUUCAACAACCAGUUCUACAGGUGCUUCUUAGCAUUUCUGAAGUGUCAAGGAGAACCAUCUAUUAACAUCCAAAAUCCUCAGCAAAGCAGCAAAGAAGAUCCUCACGUGCUCAUGCCCUGUGACGGGCCCUCGUGGCAUCGCACCAUCAAGGGCCCUCAGAAAAAAGAGCAGCACACUCUGGCCUUAGUAGUCCACUACACACCCUGACCUAUGGCUUAAAGUUAAUAGUGUCAGUUUAAUUAAUACUUUAGAACAUAAGAAUGUAUUUUUAAGUCUAUGAAGAACAUACUACACUAAUUGUACACAAAUGCUGAUUAUAUAAUGAACUUCUGAAUAAAGACAACACAUUGUUAAUAGUGCAGUGAAGUAGUUAGUGUAAGGCUGUCAGUGCUAUAUGUAGUGUGUAGUUACGCUUGUCACCAACAGUAGGAGCCACUGCCUGUGCCAUACUACAGUGAGACCCACUGAUGUUUAAUCACAUUUAACAGAACUGGGCAAAGUUCAGUCAAUAUCCAUAUGCUGCUUGUGACAGAUUCUUUUGAGUGCAUAAAUUAUUAUUGAUCUUUGGCAGUGGCAUGUUAGUUACUGAAAAUUUCCCUAUAGACUAUUAUUUACUUUAUUUAGUUUUGAUUGAUAUCUCCAUGCUUUACUUAAAUGUUAUCAUAUCGAGUAGCCUAUUUGAUUAAGUUUUCAAGAUUUGUAUAAACUACAGUGAGUCAUUUUUGGGGCUUCAAUCCUGCAUCAUUUGCACAUUUUCCAGAAAGUAUAAACAUGUUAAUAUGUGCCAUUCUCGUCGUCAGUUCCAUAGGCCCACAGUCUCUCAUCUUUUCACCAACAUUCACAGAACACAUAGUGAGUCAUACGUGCUUUACGAACUCAUUCUUCCCAUCCCUGGAAAAAGAAGCAGUUAAUACAAAGUCUGCAUUGUAUGUGUUGUAUUCUUUCUCCCAGUAAUGAUUUUAAUGUGUUUUGUUUGUCAUAUUAGAUUAAUAUUUACUUAAAUACCAACAAAACACAGUAUAAAGUCAUUUUCACAGUAUCAGACAGAGUAAAUACUGUAUAAGGUCCUAAAUUGCUAAAAUGGUGCUUGAUAUUGCAAACUGGUGUUUCUUACCAUAUUAUUGUAUUGUCAUAGUUAUAAACACUGGGUUGUAGCUAGUUUUACCAUUUACUGCUCUUUGUUAUUCAUCUUGUCAUUUACAGUGGCUAAUGAAUUGGAAAUCUCAUAAAAUACUCAUUAAAAGAUAAGGCAGAUAUAUUCAAAAUUACAUAAAGCAACAGCAUCAUUAUUACAUUGCAAUUUGUAUUUACUGUACUAUAACUAAUAAAGCCUUGAUUUUUAAG